AUGUUUAAAUUUACUCGAAGUUUUAUUAUCAAUAACAGGAAACCUUUAGCAUAUAUUGUGGGUUGUGGUGGGGGUGGACUACUUCUUUCAAUGAAAUUACGACAAUCUUAUGGGUUUCAGAGAUUAAAUGGUUCAAAAAAUAAAAAUGAUAUAGUUCAAUUGGAUUUGAAUCCAAAUUUCGAUUCUUCCAAUAUAUUGGCUCCUAACCCGGAUGGUGAUACAUAUGAAAUGGGUUUAUACUUAUCUUCAAAAAGAGAAAAAGAAACCCAAGUACUGCAAGAAAGACAAGCUCAAUUGAACCAAUGCCCGUCCUCUAUAUUAAAAUUACUAUUAAAGAUUAAAUUUAAAUGUCAAGAUAAUAUCGUUGUUCCUAUACAUACAAUGAUACGGUUUCUAGAAUUGACGUGUUUUGUUCUUUUACCUAUCUUUUUAACGUAUCCUAUCGUUACUUUAUCGUUAAUGGAUAAGAUAUUAUGGUAUAGACUAAUAAGAUCUUUAUGUCAAUAUGCAGGGCCUAGUUUUAUUAAAUUGGGUCAAUGGGCAUCUGCAAGAAAUGAUUUAUUUUCUAACGAUUUUUGUCAUGUUAUGUCUGCUUUACAUAGUAAUGUUAAGCCUCAUCCCAUACAAUAUUCAAUUGACACUCUUUGUGAUCUAUUUCAGGUUGGUGAUUUGUAUGAUGUUUUCGAAAGUUUUGAUACUCAACCAAUUGGGUGUGGCUCGAUAGCACAGGUACAUAAAGCAAGAUGGAAACAUAAUGAUGAUAAUAGUAGUAGUAAUGAUCAUGUAUCCAAUGAAGUUGCGAUUAAAAUACUACAUCCCAACGUAGUUGAUAUAGUAAAUAUAGAUUUAAGAAUCAUGGAAACUUUAGCCAAUUUAAUUAGUAGGGUUCCAACUAUGGAAUGGUUAUCAUUGACCGAUGAAGUUAGGAAUUUUUCUAUUUUUAUGAAUAUGCAGUUAGAUCUUCGUAUUGAAGCAAUGAAUCUAGAUAAAUUUAACCGUGAUUUCCAAAACGAUCCAUUAGUUUCUUUCCCUAAACCAUUACUACAGUAUACCACAAAAACAGUUUUGUUUGAAGAAUAUAUAAAUGCAUUGCCAAUGGAACAACUCUUAAAUGAGAAGAAUAAUCUGAAUGAUAUCGAUAUCUUUAAAGUUAGUCAUCCCUUUGUCAUGGCAUUUUUAAAUAUGAUGAUUAUAAAUAAUUUUGUCCAUGCAGAUUUACAUCCAGGCAAUGUCAUGAUAAGAUUUAUGGAUAAAUCCACAGAAAAAAUAAAUAAUUCAAUUGUUGAUCAAUUGAGUCAAAAUUAUGGGACUCCACAGUUCACUGAUAUUUUAAGAAAAGCAUUACGUUCAUAUAUACCUCAAAUAUGUUUUAUAGAUGCAGGACUUGUCACAGAAUUGAAUAAUACUAAUAGAAUAAACUUCAUGGAUUUGUUCCAGUCUCUUACGAAAUUUGAUGGAUAUCAAGCAGGUAGAUUAAUGAUAGAUAGAUCACGUAUACCAAGCAGCGCAAUUGACCCAUUAGGUUUUUCACAUAAAGUUCAAAAACUUGUCACUCAGAUUAAAAUACAAACUUUUUCCCUGGGAUCUAUUUCGAUUGGAAAUUUGUUAAAUGAAAUGUUCUUUAUGGUCAGACAACACCACGUCAAAAUGGAGGCUGAUUUUGUGUCAAUUGUAGUGGCAAUAUUGUUAUUAGAAGGGAUUGGAAGACAAUUAGAUCCUAAUUUAGACCUUUUUGAAUCUUCGAUACCGUUAUUGAGUCAAUAUUACAGAGAGAAAUAUUCUUUACUAAAGGGUAAAGAAGAAAUAAAUGAUAACUCAUUGUUGAAUGAGACAAAGUCAUGGCAAAUGAUGGUAAUUUGGUUAGGCUUACAAACUAGAAGGUUUUUAAGCAUGUCUUUAAGGCAAACUGAUAUUUUGUUAAAAUCUGAUCAAUUAUCACCAAACUACUGA